ACGAAACAUGUCUAGUUUCCUUUUGGUUAUUUUCAUUUUAUUGGCGCUUAGAACGUCAGAGUCUUCUGAAACUGGAAACCCACUUGCAAACGAGCCCGAUCCAUUAUAUAUGAAACUGGUGGAUCCCAUGGUAGCAGGAGAAUCACCUAAAAGGAUGAUUAAGGAUCAGAAAGAUGUAGGCCUUAAAUCAACUAGCAGUAGCGAAGAGCUCCGAAAAUUGCCAAAAACGCGAGGUCGACAGAAGAGAUUCAUUCGGAAUCCAAACUAUGUGAAAGCUAACGAAUUCUAUGAUAAGAUGUUAAGCAGUGAAUACGUAAGUAAGCGGUAUAAGGAUCUUCCGCCGCCUCAUCCGGGAUUUGGAGCGGAUCAACCGCCAGCAUGAACAGUGAAUAACCAGUGGAAUCUGUGAAAUUUUCCUGUUGGCCAUUCACAUUAUACGGCGACCAUAAUGACUGGGAAAUUGCCAAAGUAAACAAUAUCAGCUCCACGGAUUCCCAAUGCAAAUAAACACAAAGCCCAAUAAAUUGAAUUAGCAGCA